AUGGCUUAUUGGUUCGAAAGCCCGUUUCCUCUGGUGCCUACGCCAUUCGCUGCACUUGCAGAAGGGGAGCAGCAGGAUGUCUUUGUUGCGACUGCCACAGAGAUGACUCUGGCACAUAAUAUUCUCAUCAGGGGACUGAACUCGAUCUAUCGCCAAGCACCCUUUAUCAAAACCUUGGAACAGCAGGACUUUGUCGGCUACGCCAAGAACUUUGUCAAUGUUCUCAAGGUUCACCACGAGGGAGAAGAGGAGUCGUUCUUUGCAGAGGUCGAGAAGAUGACGGGAGAGGCUGGCAUCAUGGAAAAGAACGUGGAGGAGCACCACGAGUUCCACGGUGGACUUGAAGAGUUGCAGGGAUACCUGACAAGGAUAGCCGACGGAGCAGAGGCGUACAACGGCAAACACAUAGUCGAGAUCAUCGACAAGUUUGGCCCAGGGCUCUCGGAACAUCUUUCUCAGGAAAUCCAGACUCUCUUGGAGCUUAGGCGCUUCGGACCUGACAAGAUGAAGGGCCUGGCUACUGCACUUGCCGCAGAUGGUCAGGCGAAUUUGAAGAAGAUUGGUCUUGCAGGAGGCGUUGUCUACGUCUUCCUCAGCCACGACAAGACGUGGGAGAAUGGUAUUUGGGCAGAUUUUCCACCCGCUCCACCAGGAGUCAAGACUCUCGUCAUGAGAGGAUUGUACUACUGGCACUCGGCAUGGUGGAAGUUCUCCCCUUGCGAUCAGAACUUCAUGCCCAAGGCUGAGCCAUACGCCAAGCCAGAAUAG